ACCUCUCUCUCUCUCUCUCUCUCUCUCUCUCUCCACAUUUUUCAAACUUCCUCAUCUUUGACUUCUCCAACUAUAACUUGAUCUCCACUCCUCUUCCGCCAUCUAUCUCUCUCUCUCUCUCUCUAAAUUUAUAUAUAAGGGGUCUUUCCCUUGCAGAAAAGCUUCACUCAACUUAUAUAUCUCCUUUUUCUCUCCUCCCCCAGAAAGAGCACAGGCCCAUUCUAUACUUUUGCAAACCAACAACCAACGUUAUCUUGCUUUCUGGUCAUAAGGUCAUAAAACCAACAUGGCUCGUUCGUGUUCAUGCUACGCUGUGAUGGCCGUGUUCUUGGUCAUGUUGGCUUCCAUGGUGAGUUCCAUGGACGCAAGGAAGCUUUUGAUGAGUACCCAUGAAGAGAGGAAGGGUAGGGUAUGGCCUAAUUGGGACGCCAGCUCUGUCCUCAACGCCCUCCCCAAGGGCCCUUCGCCACCUAAGUCGUCCCCAAGCGGCAAGGGCCACGCCGUGAUCAUUGGUGAAAAGCUCUUCGCCCGCCACAUCGGCAGCCCCGACCGGAUAAUGAACUCCGUCCCCAGCCCCGGAGCCGGCCAUUAGCCUCCGCCGGCCCGUUGUUCGGUCAUCUCCUUCAUCAUCAUCAUCAUCAUCAUCAUCUGCAAGUUUUCCACAUGCAUAUGGAUAUAAUUUCUCCUUUUGUUUUUUUUGUUUUUUAAAUAUAUACAUAUAGGUCUCUAGCUAGCUCUCCUUCACAGUUUUGAAAAUUUAGAUUAGCAUUGUACAUGCAGAAGCUUAUAUACGGAACAUGCAUGGGAGAGGCUGAUGCAUUAUUUCUUUAAUUAAUUAAUUUCUCAGUUUCUUUUUGUUUGUAAUUCCUUUUUCUGGGAUUGAUGAUUUAUCAUAAUUUGUAUACUUUAAGCCA